AUGUGCUCUCCUGCCAGUUCCAAGAUCUUAUAUAGGAACCCUCGGUUUCUCCGGUUAGCAUUUCUGCAACUUCAUCACCAACAGCAGAGUGGUGUGUUUUGUGAUGUCCUUCUGCAGGCAGAAGGUGAGGCAGUUCCAGCCCACUGCUGCAUUCUGUCAGCCUGCAGCCCCUUCUUCACAGAACGCCUGGAACGGGAAAGGCCAGCUCAGGGUCGGAAGGUGGUGCUGGAGCUGGGGGGUCUGAAAAUCAGGACACUUAGAAAGCUGGUGGACUUCCUGUAUACCUCAGAGAUGGAAGUAUCUCGAGAAGAAGCCCAGGACGUGCUUUCUGCUGCCCGUCAGCUCCGUGUGUCUGAGCUAGAAUCUCUUCAGUUAGAGGGUGGAAAGUUGGUGAAGGCCCCUCAGGGCCGAAGACUGAACCGAGAGUGUUUACAACCGCCAAGUGCUGCACCCAUCUCUGCCAGAGUGGUGGCACCCAGCCGCCGCCCACGAACUCCACUGCCUGUUACUCAGACUCCUUGUCCUCUUGGGGCAGUUAGGUUGAAGUCUUUGGGGAAGGAGGAAGGUCCCCAGGAAAAGAGUAACCGACCAAAUGCUGAGAACUUGUCAGGCACUCUUCUGCUCAAGAGGAAGGCUAGAUCCUGCCUGACUCCCCAAGAGGAAAGCUCUUCUCCAUCAAGCCAAAGUCAGGGAUCUAAGGAAAACAAGAAUGACUCUGUCCUUGGUCCUACGGCAGUUUCCCCACCCAGCUUGUACCCCUCUGUGGACGAGCGACUGUUGCCCAGGAAGAUCAGGCUAAGUCGCUCAAAGCCAUCUCCUGAUGUCUGUACAUCAAAGCCUAGCAUUUUAAGUGGAUCCACAGUGCCCACAGCCCCCGGUCGGCGGCUUUGGCGGCAAAGGAGUAUAAAUAAAGAAGCACCAGCGGACAAACAGAAGCCAGGAAGAGCUAGUCCUCUACAGAACACCCCAAGUCCAUCUGGUCUUGGGAAGACAGGUGGGAGUAAGAAGCGGAGCCCUGAAGUCAGGGCACCCAACUCAGACUCUGCAGAGGAAGGGCAGAUUGGGAGAGUAAAACUUAGGAAAAUUGUAAAUGGGACCUGCUGGGAGGUAGUACAGGAGCCUCCCCUCAAAAAUUCUCAAGAUAGCCCCCAGAUCACAGAUCCUGGAAGAGACUUAGAACCUCCAGGGACUCAGCUAUCCUCAAUUAAUGAGCAGGAGAUGCCAUCUACUAGAAUAGAACUGUGUCAGGACUCCCCCGUUGUCUCUAGGCUACAAGACUUUCUGCUCUCUGCUAGCCACUCCCCAGAUCACCCUGUGGUGAAGUCAGAGUUUGGGUCUAGUCCAGAGCUGGUAGGGAAGGAACCCAUGAUGAAUAUUGACUGCAGAGAGCCAUAUGCAUUUGAUACAGCUCUGCUGAGGCAGCCCUGUGAAGCUGAAGAGUACCGAAUCACAAGUGCCGCGGCCACCAGUGAGCUGGAAGAGAUCCUUGACUUCAUGCUCUGUGGCUCAGACAUUGAGCCACCUGUUGGGUCUUUGGAGAGUCCUGAGGUUGAAGGCUGCAGAACCCCUAGUUAUCACCUGACAGAAACAGGAAAGAACUGGAUUGAAGGGGAAGAAUGGUGUUUACCAGAUAUGGAACUCUGGCCCAGGGAGCUCACAGGAUUGGAAAAGGAACCUGUUGGUGAGAACAAAGAGCCAAUUGAGCCCUUUAGUCCCCUUGUCAUGCCUUCUGAGAACAAAGAGCCAAUUGAACCCUUUAGUCCUCUUGUCAUGCCCUCUGAGAUGAGUGAAGGAGGGGUGCUUUCAGUGGGAGAUUCUUGGACUCCACAUCUUGAAAUUACCAACUCCCAGCCACUGGAUGGUCAGGGAGACAAACUUCUUCACAUUGACUCCCCUGACCUUCCCCAAAGAUCUUACAGGGACCUCUCUCCUCCAUGCUCAAACUGGGCAGAGACUGAGCUAGAUGUGUCCCUAACCAUGGAUGAGGACUUAUACCCUGCUCCAGAGGCCAGCAAGGAGAUAUUUGAUAACUCUGAGCUGCUGGGCCCCCUUCCUGCCAGCUCUGAAGAUGAAGAAAUCGAUGUGGUGGACUGGACAGCAGAGGGGAGGCUGGGGCCCAAUAGUGUUCCCUCUGUGUGGCCUGAUCCUUCCUCAGAGUCAGAAACAGAGGUAGAUAUACUAACGUAG